CCAUCCAUCAAAACACGAGUAGAUAUUUACCUCUCCACCACAUCCACCUCAAUCCUCGCAUCCGCGCAAACGCUUCCCUUUACCGAAACCAAUCCCCGUCACAUCGUCAGAAUGGCUUCUGAGGUAAGUUUAUCGCCUUUGCUCCAUCCUCCGAGAACACCCUCAUCCCCUUUCUGUCGGUACUUUCCUCGCCUCGUAUCAACAGCCAUUUUUGGGACCCCCUCUUUGCCCGUCGCGGGCGCAGCCCGUCGCGCUUUACCCCCUUUGCCGCUUCACCCACAUCUGCUAGAUGGAAUCUCUUGCUGGAACUUAGCUAACGUAUUGUUUUUAUCACAGCGUGAGAGCAAGACUUUCCUCGCUCGCCUUUGCGAGCAGGCCGAGCGUUACGAUGAGAUGGUCACCUACAUGAAGGAGGUGGCCAAGCUGGGCGGUGAGCUCACUGUCGACGAGCGCAACCUCCUGUCGGUCGCCUACAAGAACGUCGUCGGUACCCGCCGUGCCUCGUGGCGCAUUAUCUCGUCCAUCGAGCAGAAGGAAGAGUCCAAGGGCUCAGACAAACACGUCGGCACCAUUCGCGAUUACCGCCAGAAGAUCGAAACCGAGCUCGAGAAGGUCUGCCAGGAUGUCCUCGACGUCCUUGACGAUAGCUUGAUCCCCAACGCUGCCACCGGAGAGUCCAAGGUCUUCUACCACAAGAUGAAGGGUGACUACCACCGCUACCUGGCUGAGUUCGCCUCUGGUGAGAAGCGUAAGGUUGCUGCCACGGCUGCCCACGAGGCCUACAAGAGCGCCACCGAUGUGGCCCAGACUGAGCUGACGCCUACCCACCCCAUCCGUCUCGGCCUUGCCCUCAACUUCUCGGUCUUCUACUACGAGAUCCUCAACUCUCCUGACCGUGCAUGCCAUCUUGCCAAGCAGGCCUUCGACGAUGCCAUCGCCGAGCUCGACUCGCUGUCUGAGGAGUCCUACCGCGACAGCACGCUGAUCAUGCAGCUGCUCCGUGACAACCUGACUCUCUGGACCUCAUCCGACACGGCUGAGGGUGAGGCGGCGGCCCCGGCAGAGGCUGCCAAGGAGGAGAAGCCUGCCGAGGAGGCCGAGAAGAAGGAGGAGGCACCCGCUGCCGCCGCCGCCGCCCCCGAGUCUUAAUUGGCUCGAAAUUUGACAACCUCCAUCUCUCGGCUUGUCUUUUGAUUGCAUGCUAUGCUUCUGCAGACUUGAGACUCUUGAGGGCUGGGCUUCUUGAUACCCAGCUGAAUUGAUGGUGAAGGGAAUCU